AGGAUUCAUAGUGCUUUUUAUGUCCUGCCCCAGAUGGUUGGUGUUAUAAUAAAUGGUCAUUUGACUACUGCUAUUUGAUUUAAGAAGAAACUAAAAUACAAAUUCCUAUUAUCCUUGCUACUUUAUUCAUGCUACAAUAGAAGAGGCUGCAAAGCAGAGUUUGAGGAGCUUCCUGCAUAGACAGAUUUCCUUUCCGAAAGGAACAUAAUAUGUUAGAUUAACUGGAAAGGAGCUUCAGGAGUUCCUGUGUCCUUUUCUGCUGGAGAGGGUUGGUUUUGGGGUUUAUUUGGUUUUUUUCGGUCACUAAAAUGAAAUUAAUUUCCAGGUGUAUGUGUGGUGGACUUGUGUUUGUUUGGUUCUCUCUUGUGGUUUGGUUUUGGUUUUGGUUUUUUUUUUUUUAAAUCCUGUACCUUCAGGUAGAAGAAUCUAUUUGAUUAAGUUGUAAGGUGCAGUAGACUUUGGUGAUAUUCAGGUCUAUAUUUCUCUAAUUUUGAGGGAUUUAUGUGACUCACUGUAGUAAGGCUAUGAGAUUUAAAUUAGCCUGAUUUUAAUGAGUAGCUGAAAAGCAGUGUGCUAUUUACAGCCAUCAGGAUAGCUCUAGUGCCUUGUGGAGUCCUGCAUUGGAGGCAGAGAAUAGAAGUGGUGGGAACAAAAGUGCUGGCACAAAACUGAUGCCAAACUAUUUGGAGACUAGACCUGGGAGAUAUAUUUGUCUACAAUAGUAAUGAUUUAAAUGGUUUCAGCUCUUCUUUACUGGACAGCAUAACAGCUCUAUAAAGUCAUCUUUCAUUUUUAAGUGGGAAGUACUUUUGAAGAACAUGCUGUAACUGUUUUGGGUUUUGUGGAGUAGCAAGGUUUUAGUGAUUACUGAGUUUGUGAAGCAAAGAGAAUUCAGGUGUUUUGAGCAAUGAUGUUUCAUGCUGCCUGUUGUCAUUUGGGAGAUGGAAAAGUGGAAGAGUUUUGACUCCCUUAGUGGAUCAAGGAUCUAGUGUGGAAUUUCGGCAUUAAGGUUUCAGCCUAUAGCACAGAAGCAAAAGAUCGUAUACGGACAGAUGUGAAAUAAAACAGGAGUUAGGAGCUUAAGUACGUGGGCAAGCCCGAAGUUUCCAGGACCUGGUGCAUGUUGCCUGGCAUGGAAGUAAAAUACUGCUGGUAUAAAGAGCAAAGGAAAACGGAGAAGCAGAGUGGCUGGGUGAAGUUGUAGGUGUUUCAGAACUGAGAGUGAAGAGUCACCUGGGAAGCUAAUAAGAUGUCAUCUCUACCAAGGAGGGUGAAAUCUGAAGCCAAAACCACUAUAUCAGAAGAUGAUGAACUACCUUCAUUUCUUAUCUCGAGCUCUGAAUCGGAGGAGGAAGAGGAGGAGUGGGAGCCAAAAAGCAAAAUUGCCAAGAGACCUCGGUUGCCAAAGAAAAAUGAGGCAAAAACUAAAAAAGUUGCAGCUCCACGGACAGCUGUGGCCGGGAAAAAGGUUAAGAAGGUAGCAAUAAAAGAGGAAAUGGAUGUAUCCUUCCCUACUGCUCCUGCAGAAGAUAAUAGAAUGCAACUUCUAAAACCUAAGGAAGAAGAUGUAGACACUAAACCAAAAACUUUACGUCAAAAGCCAGAAGUGCCUAAAAAAGUGGAAAUAAGUUCAUUCCAAGGGAAGAAUGUAAAGAGUUCAGAGAGUGAUAAAAAACCCUCAACAAGUGUUCCUGUAGCGGGAGUUCAAGUGAAACAUGAGAAAUCUGAAGAGGAUUUUGCCUUUGAUGAACCACCUUUUAAAAAGAUUAAGUCAACUACGUCUCCUGAAGGAAAGCCAGUUAAAAAUCUAGGAGGCAACAAAGUAAAAGAAGAAUUUGAAAUGAACUGGGAUAUUGUGCAGGCCUUGUCAGAAAUAACAAAUGUUGAACCAUGGGUAUGUGCAAACUUAAUUCGCCUCUUUAAAGAAGAAAACACAAUUCCUUUUAUUGCUCGGUAUCGAAAAGAGCUCAUCAAUAAUCUGGAGGCCGAUGCCUUGCGAGAAGUGCAGCAAGCAUUGGAAGAGCUGCGUGCCGUUGCAAAGAAGACACAUACAACAAUACAGAAGUUGAAGAAAGAAGGGAAGUUAUCUGGAGGCCUUUUAACAGCAUUAUUGAAUUGCAGAACUUCAGAAGAAUUAGACCAUGUGUCUGCACCUUAUAAAACUGGGAGUAAAGGCACCAAAGCCCAGAGGGCCAAGCAGCUUGGAUUAGAACCUGCUGCUCUCUCCAUCCUGCAGAAUCCUAUGGAACUCAAUCUCUUUUCUUACAUUAGACCCAAUACCAAAGGACUCUCAACUAUCCAGGAAGUAGAGGCUGGAGUACAGCAUAUUUUAGCUGAUAUCUUUGCUAAAGAUAAAGAUACACUGGAUUUCAUCAGGAAAUUAUGUCAGCAAAGGUACAUUUGUAUCCAGUCAGCCUUGGCAAAAGUGUCGUCCAAAAGUGGAAAUGAAAAAGAUAUUGAUAAAUUCCAACUGUACCAUGAGUUUUCUUGUAAUAUAAAGAGCAUUCAGCAUCAUCAGAUUCUGGCCAUUAACCGAGGGGAAAAUCUGAAGAUCCUGACAGUGAAGGUCAACAUUCCUGACGGGGUGAAGAAUGAAUUCUGUUGGUGGUGUGUCAAUGAAAGAUGGAGACCAAAACAAUUUUUAAAACCAGACUUAAUGAGAAUACUACGGAAUUCAGUAGAGGAUGCGUAUAAACGCCUUAUAUAUCCUCUGCUCUGCAGAGAAUUCAGAUCAAAGUUGACAUCUGAUGCAGAGAAAGAGUCUGUGAUGAUGUUUGGGAGAAAUCUUCGUCAGUUGCUUCUGACCAGCCCUGUGAGGGGCCGUACUUUGAUGGGAGUCGAUCCUGGUUACAAACAUGGCUGCAAGUUGGCAAUUAUUUCACCAACCAGUCAGAUACUCCAUACUGAUGUUGUUUACUUGCAUUCUGGUCAAGGAUUUCGUGAAGCUGAGAAGAUAAAGAGGCUUCUGCUACAAUACAACUGUAGCACUAUCGUGAUUGGCAAUGGCACCGCCUGCAGAGAAACAGAAGCUUACUUUGCUGACUUAAUUAUGAAGAAAUAUUUUGCACCACUGGAUGUUGUUUACUGCAUUGUCAGUGAAGCAGGAGCAUCUAUCUACAGUGUCAGUCCAGAAGCGUCCAAGGAAAUGCCAGACUUGGACCCUAACCUGCGAAGUGCAGUUUCCAUAGCUAGACGCGUCCAAGACCCAUUAGCUGAACUAGUGAAAAUUGAGCCCAAACACAUAGGAGUUGGAAUGUAUCAGCAUGAUGUAUCACAGACUUUGCUCAAAGCAACUCUGGACAGUGUGGUUGAAGAGUGUGUCAGCUUUGUAGGAGUUGAUAUUAACAUCUGCUCAGAAAUACUAUUAAGACACAUUGCAGGACUGAAUGCUAACAGGGCUAAAAAUAUAAUUGAAUGGCGAGAGAAGAAUGGACCAUUUAUAAACCGAGAACAGCUCAAAGAAGUGAAAGGUCUGGGUCCCAAGUCGUUCCAACAGUGCGCUGGAUUCAUCAGAUUCAAUCAAGAAUAUAUAAAGACCUUCUGCAGUAAUAAGAAAACUGAACCUGGAAGUCAUGCACUUCUGACUAAAGCAGGUGCACAGGGUAAAAAGAAGGGUAAACCAACACCAUAUGCCUCGCAACAGCCCAAUCCUUUGGACCAAACUUGUAUUCAUCCAGAGUCUUACAACAUUGCAAUGAGGUUUUUAUCAUUGAUUGGAGGAAAUGCAAAUGACAUAGGAAAAUCAGAUAUGCAGCAAAAAGUAAAUGCAGUAAUUCAAAAGGAAAGCCUGGAAGGCACAGCCAAAAGGCUAAAUACAACGGUGCACACACUGCAGCUGAUCAUUGAUGGUCUGACUCAGCCUGAAGGCUUUGACAUCCGAACAGAUUUUGAUAAACCUGACUUCAAGAGAAGCAUAGUCUGCUUUGAAGACUUAAGUGUUGGUGCUGUUCUGACUGGAAAAGUUGAAAAUGCAACACCAUUUGGAGUUUUUGUUGAUAUUGGUGUGGGAAAAGCAGGCUUGAUUCCAGUGCGAAACAUAACAGAAGCAAAACUCUCUAAAGUGAAGAAGAGAAGAAGCCUGGGCUUAGGUCCUGGAGAAAGAGUGGAAGUUAAAGUGCUUAAUGUCGAUAUUCCUCGAUUGAGGAUAACGUUGGAUCUUAUUCGUGUUUUAUGAGAGGGUUUUUUAUGAUUAAGCCUUAAUUUUAAAGGUUCAGUAGUUGACAGCAAGGUUCUGGAGAUUCAGGCAUUUAAUGAGAAUGUUGAAAAUGAACAACUUUUGAAACCUUCAGCCUUGCUUUUUUUUUUUUUUUUUUUAACAGUUUUUCCGCAUUUCUUGACUCCUUUCUGUUAAUUCUUGGAACAGUUUAUUAGACUACCUCCAAGCAACCUUGCUAUUUUGUCUGCAGAGCAAAUGAAAUUCCAGUGAACUAUCAGAGAGAUCUUUUAUCUAUUCUGUCUCUGCAAGAUUUGCUCUCUCAAUCUUUAGUCAGUGCUGCACAAGCAGAUGCAUUUACUGCUCCCCUUCAAAAAAUGGCCAUUCAGUUUGCCUGUUUUCUGGUUGAGAGUCUAAAAGAGGUUACCUAGUUGUAGGAAAAAAAGUGAUCUUGUUAAGCUGGUGAUGACAUUGCUUCAAAAGUAGACUGAGAAAAGAGCAGCUGCUGAUAUUAUUGAUGGUUCAGAAAUACUCAGCUUUAAUUUGUUUGAGCAACAUCAUUAGGAGUUUUGUUUAUCUGUCUUAUUAUUGCUUGGUCAGUUAUUAUUGAUUAACACACUUCAAUGUACCUUGGGGUUUAAGGAACUUUGCUCAAAGGCAUCAAAAGGCAUUUAUGUUCUAUACUUGUGCAAAAUAAAAACAUUUCUGGCCAUCUUU